CUUGUCUCAAGGCGUAUCCGGAGCUUUGAUCUAGUCCCAUUGGCCGUGAACUACUCGCAGGUGGUAUCAUUCCCGCAUAUAGCCGGUCUUGUCAUUGUGUCUUUGCUUCAAUUCCGGAUUCUUGGGUCUCGUGUCUAAUUGUCUUGGGACUUGACUUUGUAAAGUAAAGUGGUGACUCAACACUCUUUUUUUCUCCUCUCUUGUCCUUCGACCUAGUUACAGAACAACUUGUGUAAAUAAAUAUUUUCCUCCCAAACAUUUCUCUAACUCGCCACCUUUCACCCCUCGGCCUCGCCCUCGAUCCCAACUCAACCCUCAAAAUGGGCGAUAACAGCACCAUGCCGAACACCGCCACCUUGCCCGCCUCGUCGACCAGCGCAAAUGGCUCCUCCUCCUCGUCUCCUUCGUUCACCGUCAAAGCCGGCCUCGCCCAGAUGCUCAAGGGCGGCGUGAUCAUGGACGUGGUCAACGCCGAACAAGCCCGUAUCGCCGAGGAAGCAGGCGCCUGCGCCGUCAUGGCUCUCGAGCGUGUGCCCGCCGAUAUUCGCAGAGACGGCGGCGUUGCCCGCAUGUCGGACCCGCAACUUAUCAAGGAGAUUCAGGCUGCCGUCACGAUACCCGUGAUGGCCAAGGCCAGAAUCGGACAUUUCGUCGAGUGCCAGAUCCUCGAGGCGUUGGGGGUGGAUUAUAUCGAUGAAUCCGAAGUGCUCACACCGGCCGACGAUACCUUCCACGUUGAGAAGAACGAAUUCCGUGUGCCGUUCGUUUGUGGAUGCAGGAACUUGGGCGAGGCGCUGAGACGGAUAGCCGAGGGUGCGGCGAUGAUCAGGACGAAGGGAGAGGCCGGCACGGGCGAUGUCGUCGAGGCCGUUAAGCAUAUGCGUACAGUGAAGAAGGAGAUUUCAAGGGCGCAGGCGGCGCUCGCGGAGGGUGAGGGUACGCUUCGUGCAUUGGCAAGAGAGAUCGGAUGUGACCCCGUCCUGCUCAGGCAGACUGCCGAGCUGGGCCGGCUGCCCGUGGUGAAUUUCGCGGCCGGUGGGAUUGCGACGCCCGCGGAUGCGGCGUUGAUGAUGCAAUUGGGUUGUGAUGGUGUGUUUGUGGGAAGUGGGAUCUUCAAGAGUGGGAAUGCGGCGCAACGGGCAAAGGCCAUCGUCCAGGCCACGACACAUUUCAGGGAUGCGAAGGUGUUGGCCGAGUGUAGUGCUGGACUGGGUGAGGCGAUGGUCGGAAUCAACUGUGGAAGCAUGAAACAGGAGGAGAAGAUGUCUGGUCGGGGCUGGUAGACUACUAAGGUCUGAGUCUGACAGAAGUGUCUAGGGCAGCGAGCAAAGACUCGAGGCCUUACUCGAGCCCCAAGAUUUCGGAGAGUACCGAGCGUGCCAAUGGCGGAUGCAAUGGAUAACAGGGUGAAGACAAAAAGGCCCACGAGCAUGAGGAGAGUGCAAAGCAAAGGGGCAUUGCAUGGCGUCGGGCAUCUUGAGCGUAUCUCAGCUGGUGGUAGACGUCCAACCUGGUCAUUCAUGCAUAGGAAGACAAAAACUUCUAGACAAUUGUCAAGAAAAAGAGCUUGGUAAGAUGCCUCAUGUUCGUUUCUUCAUUGCGG